UUUUAGUAAGAGAAGAAGGAAGGAAGAAAGGCUUAAUUGCGAAGUACUCCGUAGUUUUUACAGGAUUUGGGUGUUUUGGGAGAUCAGUUCAAAGAAGGCACAACUAUUAUAUCCUCAAGAACACCCAAUAGUUUGUUGUGUUUCUCCCCCUCCUGUGGUUGUGCUUCGCUGGUCAAACUCACUAUUUUAUGGUCCAUUGAACAGCAAACUUGCUGUUCUUUGGCUGUACUCUUUCGUCCUCGCUCACAGGGAGGACAGUACAGGUUUCCUUGUAGAGGUGGGAAGUCGGAGUAACUUUUUUCACUCUUUCAGUCACUCCUUUCUCCUUGCAGUUUGAGUUAUUUUUGCUACUCUUGAGGGACCUUCAGGCAAGCCUUGUUCUACUCCAUGCUUGUUCCAUUCUAUGAGGUGGUGAGUUGAGGAAGAAAAAGGUACUGAAGUGGUGGGGUGUUGUUCGUGUUGAGAUGGGUCAAAAGGUGGUGGUUCAAAAGAGCCAAAGCAGACACCACAUGGUGACGAUGAGGUUGAAUGAGCAGUUGAACAGAAAGAAAAGGUACCCGUGGAUUCACAGGUAUUGGCUCCCAAAGCUGUUGACCCUAUGGCUUCUAGCAGCUUCCCUGGUCAGCUGGGCCAUAUUCAGUUACCUAGACAACGGUAACAAGGUGAGGAGGAACGAGACACUGGUGAGUAUGUGUGAUCAGAGGGCCAGAAUGUUACAGGACCAAUUCAGUGUUAGCGUUAAUCACGUCCACGCCCUUGCCAUCCUCGUCUCCACUUUCUAUUACAACAAGAAUCCAUCUGCAAUCGAUAAGGAAACUUUUGCCGAGUAUACGGCGAGAACAGCUUUUGAGAGGCCAUUAUUGAGUGGUGUGGCAUAUGCUGAGAGAGUUAUGAAUUUCCAGAGGGAGAACUUUGAGAAGCAGCAUGGAUGGACAAUUAGAAAAAUGGAUAAAGAGCCUUCUCCCAUCCGGGAUGAAUAUGCCGCGGUCAUACUCGCUCAAGAAACUGUUUCUUAUCUCGAAUCAAUCGACAUGAUGUCUGGAGAGGAGGACCGUGAAAACAUAUUGAGAGCCAGGGCGACUGGGAAAGCUGUUCUGACAAGUCCCUUCAGGCUUCUUGGUUCUAACCACCUUGGCGUUGUUUUGACAUUCCCUGUUUACAAAUAUACGCUGGGGGCUUACCCAUCCCAACAAGAAAGGAUUCAAGCAACUGCAGGGUAUUUCUUUUAUUUAUGAAGAUUUUUUGUAAUGGUUGAGAUGAUUAAGUGUUUUAAUGAAGGUGCUUUUUUGAGUUGUAACUGGUUGAAAGGUGCUUUUUCGUAAAAUGUUUUGUUCCUUUGAAACUAUGGUUAGUUGUGACUCACGCCGGGGCUAUGAAUAAUAAAUCGUUUUUUUUUUAUCUAGAUAUCGUAUGCAGGAAAGAUGAGGACUACAUUGGAGAGGCUAUGUGAUUUUAAUGGUCUAUCUGUCCAGGUCAUAUUCAUAGGCUAUUUAUAUGGAUGACAUGUGCUUUUUUAAGGGGUGCAAUUCACAUCCCUAUUGGAGAUGCUCUUAUUACUCCGUUUUUUAGCUAUGUCAAUACUCCUUUUUUGGUUAACACUCGGUAAAUCCCGACUUUACUGGAUUAGCUUUGAUCUCUAAAAAAACAUCUCAAGUCUUUGAGAUUGAGAAGUAAAUUUGAGUCGCUCAAUGCCCACCCACCUAGUGCAGCUCCGGGGAGAACCGCCGACAAUCAUUCAACACAAUUAAGUUAAUUCCUAACAAGAAGCUAACUCUCAUAAGCCGCUUGAGGCGAGACAGACACCAAUUUUGCAACCACUCAAGCUAACAUUGGGGGCUAGAGGGUCACUAUUUGAGAAAAUCUUCUCACACAAUUCACUUCCUUGUGAUUUGAUUUCAAGAUCUCAUACAUGGGGAUGCUCUCGAAUGUGAAAUUUAAUCCACUUGAACUAUUCUCAAAUCUUUUUAUGUAACAUAUUUCAGUUUAUUACUCAUUUACGAGAAAUAAUAAGUAUAAAUUGUCUAA